AAGUUAUCAAGAAUGGGCGUCCAAUGCCAAAACGGCACAAAACAGUGAUGUCAUAAAGAACAGAAAGAAGAAGAAGAAGAACCAUUAAAUUAAACAAAAUCAAAUACUAGAAGAUUGUAGACAGAGAAACACCUUUACAUAGUGGAAACACAGAGAAACUCAAAAGAAAAAAAAAAGUAGCCAAAUUCUGACACAUACACCACCACCGCCCACCACCUUCCACCGCCUCUUUACACCUCACUCCUCCGCUCGAGUAAGCAAGUUCUUGAUCGGAUCUCUGAACUCAAGUUUUUUUUUAAUAUGUUUCUUGAUUCUUGCUUCAAGAUUAAGACAUCGGUAAGUUUUGUUUUGUGCUGACCAAACCGUACAUACAGUUAAGUACUUGUGUUGUAAUAUUGGUAUUUGAUAUCUACAUAUGGUGUUUUGUUGGACAUGUAUAGAUAUGGUUAAAAGAAUGGAAUGAAAAUCUUGGUGGAUUUUGAGAUAUGGAGUGAUUGAUUUUGCAUUUGGUAUUAUUUGGUCAAUUUUAAUUAAUAUGAGAGAUGCAGACCGUGGUUUGUGAUGGUUGUGGGUGGACAUGCACCCGGUAAAACUCAAAACCGCCGUUGUUUUUUAACUCUUUAAUUACUACUCAAAUUUUCCCCUUCAAAAACCCUGCAUGCAGACCAAAUUAUAAUCCUAACCCAAGAACAAAAAAGAGCUUAUUUCUUUGACUUUUUCAACUAAACACAGUCAGUAUGCAGCAAGAUCAAGAUUUGAUGAAGCAGAAUAAUCAAGAUCGGAGAAUGAAAGCUAUGAUUCAAGGAGAAAAUCAGAGUCAAAAUCAGCAGCAGCCGCAAAAAUGUCCUCGGUGUGACUCACUGAAUACAAAGUUUUGUUAUUACAAUAACUAUAGUUUAUCUCAGCCGCGUUAUUUUUGUAAGAGUUGUAGACGUUACUGGACUCAAGGCGGAACCCUAAGGAACGUCCCGGUUGGCGGUGGUUGCCGGAGAGGUAAGCGGGUGAAAACGUCAUCUUCUUCGUCAACGGCUAAUAAUAUUAACAACCCAUCUUCUUCUUCUAGUGAGAAUAAUUCUAGGGCUCAGUCUUUGGUGACCUCAACUCAGAAUAUGAUCGCAAAUUCAUUUAACAAAGAAUCCGCGGCUGGUUCUGGAAUUUCUUCAGUAGGGUCUUAUAAUUAUUCUGCUGGUGGUUUUUUGAUGAAUUCUUUAGCUAAUAUUCAGUCUUUGAAUAACCAGCCACCGUCUCAGUCUAAUUUCAGUCUGAGUCAUCAGUCUUUGAAUCUUGCCGGUGGAGAAUUUGGCGCUGGUACUUCAAAUUUGAGUCUUCUGCAUGGGUUUAACGCUGUUCUUCCACCUUAUGGAUCACAACAGAUUCAACAGCCGAGGCAAUUCUACCAUAUGGGCUCUCAUCAUGAUCAACAACAGCAGCGAAAUUGGCAGCAUCAGCAAGCAGCAGGGUUUUUGAGGAGCAACAAUAUUUUAAACCCUACCACAACAUUAUCUGAUAGUAAUGCUUUGUGGAGUACUGUCAGUACCAGCACCACAACCGGCAACAACACUAACAGCAACAACACAACCGCCAUUGGCGGUGGCGGUGGCUCUUUUGGUUUGAAUUCAGCUGAUCAGUGGCAUCAUGAUCUGCCAGGUUAUGGUCCUCCACCAUAAUUUCUUCUUUAUCAGAAAGUUUUAAACGUACAGACAGCUGCAUGACUCUUUUUUUAAGUCAUUAUUUUAAAAAGCUGGUUUUUGUUUACAGUUUUAUCAGAAAUGGAUUCAUUCGGUGAAUUGUUUGAGCUGGGGAUUGGGGAAAAAAUGGUGUAAUUUGUAUAUGCAAAUGCAAGAAUGUGGGCACUGGUUUUUGUGCUUAUAUCGUAUAGAAAAAGAAAUUUCUGGGUUGGGUUAGGUUUGAUUUGAAGUUUAAACUUUUUGAUUUGUUUGGUUGAACUUAAUUUGCUUUAGUUCUCUUUAGUCUUUAUUGUUUUGCUUUUUUGUUAUUAAAAGAUGUUCCCCAGCUUUAUCAUAUUUCAAAGUUUUUAAUGACAUUCAAAAGCAUAGUUUAUAGGCUUUAAUUUUUAGUUUUGUUUGAGAUUAAAUAGGGUUUUGUGAUUAAAGGGUGCAUGAGAUAGUGGAGCUGAUGUAUCUGCAACUGCUAAAGUUGUUCGACAAGACGCUUUGUUUUUGUGCAUGUGGGUGACUGAGCUUAUAUAUAUAAAGAUGUUUUUAGCCUA